UGCCGCUGCCGCCGCCGCUGCCGCCGCCGCCUGGGCCUGAGACAAGAUGGCGGCCCCAGGCGAGUACUUCAGUGUGGGCAGCCAGGUCUCGUGCCGGACUUGCCAGGAGCAGCGGCUGCAAGGAGAAGUGGUGGCCUUCGACUACCCCAGCAAGAUGCUGGCGCUCAAAUGUCCUUCUUCAAGUGGCAAACCCAACCAUGCAGAUAUCUUGCUUAUAAACCUACAAUAUGUUUCAGAUGUGGAAAUAAUUAAUGACCGCACAGAAACUCCCCCACCUUUAGCUUCACUCAACGUUAGCAAGGUAAGAAUUCUUUCUUGCAACAAAGCACGGAUGGAGAAGGAAGAAAGCUGAGCAGGCAAUGCAAUUAGUGCUGGGGUCUCUUUGGAAGGACAGCUUUUCCAGACUAUACACAAGACUAUUAAAGAUUGUAAAUGGCAAGAGAAGAAUAUAGUCGUGAUGGAAGAAGUUGUCAUUGCCCCUCCGUACCAAGUGGAAAACUGUAAAGGAAAAGAGGGGAGUGCCCUAAGUCAUGUACGCAAAAUAGUCGAGAAACAUUUUAGAGAUGUCGAAAGCCAAAAGGUGAUGCAGCGUUCACAAGUCCAGCCAACACAGAAGGAGAGUGCCCUCUCGUCCUGAGUCCCGCCUGCCCUUCCUGGUUGCGAUAGAUUGCUCCUGCGGGGGGUGGGGGUGGGGGGAGCCCUUCGAACACGCAGCAGCAGAUGACACAGACUUCUUCAAAAAGAGGUCAGGGGAGGGCAGGGGGGUUCCACUUCUAUUUUGUGGUGGCCCUGUAAUGAUAGGGGACCCACAAGCUUCCGAACUUUAGACUUCAAAAACAAGAGAAUAAUUUAAAAACUCAUUCAUUACUUGACUAACAGACUCUUUACUUUUUGCCCAUCAAGUUUACCCCCCUAGAACAGUCAGCUGUCUUGUCUUUGAGGUUUUUCUCCCUCCCCAAAUCAUUUUUGUUUUGUUUUUAGCUUUACUGAAAUCAAUUCCAUGCCAACCCUCUCCCUCCUGUACCAUAGGAGAAUUCAGCUUCCCAGUUGUCCUAUAAAAAGGAGGGGAAAAAAGAAAUAGAGAAAACAGAAAAUAACAGGCUGACUGUGGUGAUGUAAUCGGGACCUUUGUGUGACUGGCGAUCUCUCGUUUUGGUUUUUGUUUGCACAGGGCAAGGCUUGAAUUAGCCUUAUUUUUCUUAUCUCAAAAUAUAUAUAUAAUAAAUAUAUAUAUAAAAUGUCCUUUAAAUAUUUUCUGCUUCUUGCAGUAUUCUGAACUGGGAUCAUGGCAGAAAAAGAAUAAUGCAUAUCUCUGUGCUUAACAAUCAAGCCUUCUGCGGUUUUUAAUGUACAACUCUAGAGAUCAGAUCUGUGUUGAAGCUAAGGCUUUAGUGGGCCAUACCCUGUGGAGGUGAGAGAUGCACAAGGGUUGCAGGCUGCCUUCUCAUUGUCUUUCACAAGUUGAGCUUGUAUGUCACAUUACGUUUCCCUAAAUCAGGGCUCUGGUAAUACCACUGGAUUGGAAUUGCUCCUGAGCAACACCCUAUAGUACUGUUGGAGUAAUUUUGUUCUUUUGAAAAGGCAUGCAGUGUUGGGAGAUCUGAUAGUUUCCUUGUUCAUGUGCUCUUUUGCUGGUUAUUCCAAAGGUUACUCCUUAUGACCCAACUUGGAGUUGGAAAGGGAUGUGAGGUUUGGGGCAGAGUCCACACAUGGCUUGGCUAUGCUCAGCUCCAAUAUAACCACACUGACCUCCUUUUAAAAGAAGAAUAUGGAGAGGCAGGGCAGUAGGUGAGUUGCCAUCCUUGUCACAGUUUUCUGUGGCAUGGUAAGUGAACUCUUUAGAUUUGAAGGGUGUACUUUGGUUACUUCUCCUGAAUAAAUGUUCUCAUGGCUUAUGGCAAUUGAUUCCUUCCAGUGGUGCACAGCUGUAUGCAGUAAAUGUGUCACUAUUGUUAACAGGGAAGCUUGCUCCUCUGUUUCAAUCUACUUGAUCAGGCAUGGUAGCCAUUGUUUGGAGAAGUCAAAUGUGUUGCUACUUUUUUUUCUUCUUCCUCCUGUGAGUGGUAUUACACCGCUUACGGAAUACUGCCCAUUUUCCCAAGAAAUACAGUUCCUGUGCCGAAUUCUAGUGUACAUGAUUUCUAGUGUGCAUUUCAACCAUCUUCCUAGAAUACAUUUUAGAGUUUUCUGACCAACUUCAAUCCCAGUGGUCCUAGUCAUAGGUUGGUCUUAAGUAAUCUAUGUUUGUCUGAUUUUCAUCUUCCAGGCUGACUGCUCUCAUUGUCCUUUAUAAACAUCCUUGCCUUAGAAAUUUGUUUUGGGGAGGAAAUGGAUUUUUCACUUGAACAAAAGCUGAGCUUAUAAAUGACUUUUUUUGCCAUGAUCUCUUCUCCCCUUUCCCCCUUUUUGUUUUUUUUUAAACAAAUGGAUCAAAUUUUAAAUAAUUCAAGCCCUGCCUUUCAGGAUGGAGGGAUUUUUUUUUAGUAUUGUCUAGCAAAACCAAUAAAAACCCAGAAUUUUUUUAACCAUCAAACAGACAUAUGUGUUAGUGGGUUUGUGUCUUGAAGGGCAAGGUCAGAGGGUUUUGGGGAAUGGAGGGAUUUAAAUCAUUGGUGAAUACACAGUAUCUCCUGUACAAACUUGUAUGUCAGUUUGAAUACUUGAAUUACAAACACUAAUGCAGGGCCUUGCAUCUA